GACAGAAGCAGAGGGAGAGGGGGAGUGAGGGAGAGAGAGAAACAGAAAGAGGAGGGGGUGAGAGAAAGAAAAUGCCGGAUAGGGCAGAGAAUCUGUGAAGCGGAGGCUGUAUAGGAGCGCACUGGACUGGCUUCUCUCCGGGGCUGGGCUUGGACAUGUAGGCCAGUCUGGGGGGCUCAGGGGCAGCUGACCAGCGCCUGGAUCAACCCCACCCUACCUAAAAACCAGGCAUGAGGCGUCUCAUCUGCCAGAGGAUCUGCGACUACAAAAACUUUGAGGAUGAGGAGGCGCAGGAGGAGGCCUCUUCCUCUCAGGCAGCUGGUAAACUGUCUGCGGCCAAGAAGCCUGGGAACCCAGGUAACAACCCUCGGAGGGCCAGCAGCCUGGGCCCCAGCCGGACGGGAGCCCAGUCCAGGGAAGGUGCCGGGGCUGUGGAUGAAGAUGAUUUCGCCAAGGCCUUCACGGAUGUGCCCACCGUGCAUAUCUACUCCACCAGGGACCUAGAGGACAACCUGAAUAAGAUUCGCGAGGUGUUGUCUGAUGACAAGCACGACUGGGACCAGCGGACAAAUGCGCUGAAGAAGGUGCGCUCGCUGCUGGUGGCCGGGGCAGCCAACUACGACUGCUUCUACCAGCACCUGCGCGUGCUGGACGGAGCCUUCAAGCUGUCAGCCAAGGAUCUGCGCUCCCAAGUGGUGCGCGAGGCCUGCAUCACUGUGGCCCAUCUUUCCACGGUCCUGGGCAACAAGUUUGACCAUGGGGCAGAAGCCAUCGUCCCCGUCCUGUUUAACCUGAUCCCGAACUGCGCCAGGGUGAUGGCCACGUCGGGCGUGGCGGCGAUACGCUACAUCAUCCGGCACACGCACGUCCCUCGGCUGAUCCCGCUCAUCACCAGCAACUGCACGUCCAAGUCCGUGGCCGUCAGGAGGCGAUGCUACGACUUCCUGGAUCUGCUGCUUCAGGAGUGGCACACGCACUCCCUGGAAAAGCAUGCCGCUGUUCUGGCGGAGAGUAUAAAGAAGGGAAUUCGCGAUGCAGAUGCGGAGGCCCGAGUGGAGGCGCGGAAGGCAUACUGGGGUCUGCGGCAGCACUUCCCCUCCGAGGCGGAUGCCCUUUACCAUUCACUGGAAGCGUCAUACCAACGUAAUUUGCAGUCCUGCCUACGUAGCUCCGGCAGCGCCGCCUCAUUGCCACAGUCCGACCGCUCUUCCUCUAGCUCUCAGGAAAGCCUCAACCGACCUCUCUCCACAAAGUGGUCUGCGACCCCAGGAAGAGGCCCUGUGGGUGCCAAGUCCCCGGGGUCGCCCGGAUCGCUGCAGCGUUCCCGCAGCGACGUCGAUGUCAACGCUGCCUCCGGUGCCAAGGCCCGUGUCGGGCAGCCUGGAGGGACGAGCCACCUGCCCGCGGGGUCCUACAGCUCUCUGGAUGACACGUCCGAUAAGAUGGACGGUCGGCUGCGUGCCAGGCAGACGCUCUCCGUGGCAGGGGGGGCUGUUGGAGGUCAGGGGGACUCACGAGGACGUAACCAUGGCAAGCCAGUGUCCCAGUCGCAGCGUUCGGAGGAUUUCGAUUUUAUGCCAGGUAUUCUGCUCUCUGUGUUCUGUGUCUGUGUUCCUGUGCUCGCUGUUAGGGGAUCACCGGUCGUUCGUGUUGGUGGUUGUGUCGCGCUGCGUGUGUGCGCUCGCGUGUGCCUGUUCGCCUGUGUUUUUCUUUUUGCAUGGGUCGACUGCGGUGUGGUGUUUAUGGAGGUCAACACCCAUGUCUGCCGCAGGAUCCCCCCUACCUUUAUGGGGGAGAGGCCCAUAAAUAUUUGGGAUACUAGCCUGACCUUUUUUCUAGUCUUAGACUUCUGCAGUAUUUUAACAGGACCAAAUAUCAGGUUGUCCCAGCUUAUCUGGAAAGAUAUUCUUCUGGUGUACUGGGGAUGUUAUGGUGUUUCUGCAAAGGGGUACCAUUGUCUGAAUCUUUCUUUGCGUGGUCAUUACUUAUAUUUUGUUUUUUUUGCAUGGGACAGGCUUUCUAAUAUUCUCUUUAUUUACUAUUCUGUCUUAUAUGAAGCACCUUCAAACCAGGUGUUUAACGGUGGAGCCAGAGGAACGCGAGGCAGUCGUAUCCCUCGACCCAGCAUGAGUCAAGGCUGCAGUCGGGACACCAGCCGUGAGAGCAGCCGUGACACCAGCCCCAUCCGCUCCUUCCAGUCCCUCGCUUCCCGGUACUCCAGGUCCACGGGGACUCUCCAUGCCCCCGACGUUUUCGGGGUGACAGGGUCUGGUUUUGGGAUGGGUCAGUCCAGCAGGCUGUCCUCGUCCGUCAGUGGCAUGAGGGUCCUUAACACCGGCUCCGAUGUGGAGGAGGCGCUGGCCGACGCUCUGCUUUUGGGAGACACUAGGAGCAAGAAGAAGCCGGUCCGGCGGCGGUACGAUGCGUACGGGAUGUACUCUGAUGAUGACGCCAACAGCGACGCGUCCAGCGCCUGCUCGGAGCGCUCGUACAGCUCUCGCAACGGCAGCCUGACCUAUAUGCGGCAGACGGAAGAUGUGGCUGAGGUGCUGAACCGAUGCGCCAGCACCAACUGGUCGGAGCGGAAGGAGGGCUUGUUGGGGCUGCAGGGCCUGCUUAAGAGCCAAAGGAUCCUCAGCCGGGUGGAGCUGAAGAGGCUUUGUGAAAUCUUCACCAGGAUGUUUGCUGACCCUCAUAGCAAGAGAGUCUUCAGCAUGUUUCUGGAGACGCUGGUCGACUUCAUCCUGGUCCACAAGGAGGAGCUGCACGACUGGCUUUUUGUCCUCCUCACCCAGCUGCUGAAGAAGAUGGGUGCCGACCUGCUAGGCUCUGUUCAGGCCAAGGUCCAGAGGGCGCUGGAUGUCACCAGGGAGUCCUUCCCCAAUGACUUGCAGUUCGCGAUCCUCAUGAGGUUUACUGUGGACCAGACCCAGACGCCCAAUCUGAAGGUAAAAGUGGCCAUACUUCGGUAUAUCGAGUCGCUGGGUAUGCAGAUGGACCCUGGUGACUUUGUCAACUCCAGUGAGACACGCCUGGCUGUGUCACGCAUCAUUACAUGGACCACUGAGCCCAAGAGCGUUGACGUCCGGAAGGCCGCCCAGUCAGUGCUGAUCUCCCUAUUCCAACUCAACACCCCAGAGUUCACUAUGCUUCUUGGGGCUUUGCCCAAAACGUUCCAAGAUGGUGCAACUAAGCUUCUGCAGAACCACCUUCGCAACAGCGGCAGCAACUCUCAGACGCCCACAGGUAGUCCCCUGGCACGCCACACACCGCGCUCCCCUGCCAACUGGAGCAGCCCCCUGACCUCGCCCACCGGCACGGCGCAGAACACACCCUCGCCCAGUGUAUUUGACUACGAGGCGGAAGGCACCAACUCUGAGGACGUGUACAGUUCCCUGCGGGGCGUGAGCGAGGCCAUUCGGAACUUCAGCGUGCGGAGCCAGGAGGACAUGAGCGAGCCGAGGGACGGCAAGAGGGACGGCGAGUCGGGGGCCGGUGAUGACCCGGACACAGGGUCCAUGGGGGUGGACCACCCGUCCCACAGCGAAGACACCCCCGACGACGAAUCAGAGCGCCUCCCUGAAGAGGGUAACCAGUCGGAGUUGGUAGCAGAGCUGCUGAAGGAGCUGUCCAAUCACAACGAGCGUGUGGAGGAGCGCAAGGCGGCAUUGGGCGAGCUGCUGAGGCUGGUGCGUGACGGGCAGCUGCUGGUGUGGGACGAGCACUUCAAGACCAUCCUGCUGCUGCUUUUGGAGACGCUUGGUGACCAAGAGCACGUGAUCCGGACCCUGGCCCUCAGGGUUCUGAAGGAGAUCCUUAACCAGCAGCCCUCACGCUUCAAGAACUAUGCCGAGCUAACCAUCAUGAAGGCACUGGAGGCCCACAAGGACCCACACAAAGAGGUGGUGCGAGCAGCUGAGGAUACGGCAGCCAUGUUGGCCAACUCCAUUGGCCCGGAGCAGUGUAUCAAGGUGUUGUGUCCCAUCAUCCAGACGGCUGAUUACCCCAUUAACCUCGCCGCCAUCAAGAUGCAGACCAAGGUUAUUGACCGUCUCUCCAAGGACAGCCUGCAGCAGCUCCUGCCAGAGGUAGUUCCAGGACUCAUACAGGGCUACGACAACCCCGAGAGCAGUGUGCGCAAGGCCUGCGUCUUCUGCCUGGUCGCCAUCUACGCCGUCAUUGGGGAUGAGCUGAAGCCGCACCUCAGUCAGCUGACUGGGAGCAAGUUAAAGCUGUUGAACCUGUACAUCAAGCGUGCUCAGUCGGGUUCCAGUGGCAGCGACUCCACGGGAGAUCUCUCUGGCCAGGGUCUGUGAACCAGAAUGAGGGUGCAGUGCCCUCUGGUGGCAAUUGGGCAGAAAUGCGGGGGACUCUUCGUGGACUCACAGACACCCCCUACCAUGCAUGCUACAUCGCCUUACUGGGACGUCGGCUGGGGCAGCCAAACCCGACCCAGCCCUCCACACCCAGAGGACGUUACUAUGGAGACACCAGGUCACCAGACUCCCUGCUAAAAUCCCUAUUCUCACCCUCACCAUCUCUGUCACAGUUGGACUGUUUUGUGUGAUAUAAAACCGAAAAUAUUGUUGAAACUAAAUAUGGAGGGAGCGGGGGUUCACCCUCAAUACUCCUUUUCUCUAAUGACAUUAAAAUAUCUUUGAAAAAUGAAUACUAAGAGAGAGAGGUCAGUUAUGGUGACCCGCACUUUAACUACAGCAGACCGUGUGCCAGAUAUUAAUAACCUCUCACAGUACUAACAGAAUGCACCUGUUUCUAUGGCAACAUCUCCCCAGUACAGUGAAGACAUGAGAGCUAACUGGGGGCACAGCACUAGAGAUUCCUUGGCUCGCUUUUGACACGUAUGUCUGAUAUGGGACAGUCAUUUGGGACAGAAAAACAUUCUUUUGAACAACAGUAAUGACAUCUAUGCUGACUUUUUUAUUCCCUACAACAGUUAUGGACAAGUAAAUAAUUAUUGCAGACAAUACGUCCCAAUAUGUUUGUUUGAUGCUAUGAGGCUGUGGACUUACCUCCUGCUUUAUGUGGUGUUUUAUUACCCGUGUUUGGAAUGAUUCAAAAACAAGAAUGCCGGGAUCUGAAGGUAGAGUAGUGUUGAAGGUAAUAUCUUGGAGUAAUGUCCCUAUACAGAAGUCCCACAGGUGUCCCGUCCCCAGAUAGAGGCUCUGCAGGUGUCCUGUCCCCAAACAGAGGCCCCACAGGUGUCCCGUCCCCAGAUAGAGGCUCUGCAGGUGUCCUGUCCCCAAACAGAGGCCCCACAGGUGUCCCGUCCCCAGAUAGAGGCUCUGCAGGUGUCCUGUCCCCAAACAGAGGCCCUACAGGUGUCCCGUCCCCAGAAAGAGGCCCCGCAGGUGUCCCGUCCCCAGAAAGAGGCCCCGCAGGUGUCCCGUCCCCAGAAAGAGGCUCUGCAGGUGUCCUGUCCACAGGUCCUAUCUCCAGACAGAGGGCUUGCAGGAGUCCUGUCCCCAAACAGAAAGCGCACAGGUGUCCUGUCCUCAGGCAGUAGCUUUGCUGUGGUCCUGUCCUCUAGCAGGGACUCUGCAGGUAUUCUGUCUGGAGGUUUCCUGCCCUCAUACAGAGGCUCUGCAGAUGCCCUGUCCCUAGGCUGUGGAUCUGUCUUUGUCCUGUCCCCUAUCGAUGGCUUUGCAGUUGUCCUGUUCCCUCACAGUUCCUCUGCAGGUGUCCUCUGGAGCGAUGGCCACAGGUAAGCCCUCCUCGGCAUGCAAACCUCGCUCACCACUGCCAGUCCUGAGAAGCUACUCUGCUUUAGAUGUGGUCUCUGUGAAGCUGGUGAGAACUCAGGGCUGGAGGCAUCAAGGUGUUGAUGCAGGAAUUAGAAUCUGGGUCCUUUGCCAAGGCAGGUUUUAAAGGCUCAUCCCUCAUUGUGGAACCCCAUGUAUGGUCCACCCUGAUUUCAGCCCCACAUGGUGAGGACAGGCAGAGCUGCUGCACCCUCUGUGCCAGUCAAAUGGUUCCCAGGAGCAACUAUUUCCCAAUCAGGACAGGCCCCAGGUUCAGUCAGAUUUGCCAGAACUCCUGUCACUCUCCACACAGCCAUGUGAUCCUACACAACAGCAGCCCCCAACUCUCCUUGCCUACUCACACUCGGCCAAUCAGAAGGCUUCUUCACCUACCUGAUGUUUUCCCAUCGAAGUAGGUGGUUUGGAUUGCUGCAUAAGUAUGACCAGAUUUGAACAAGCAUUUAAAAUGUCUAUCUAUAUAAAUGAAAUAUAAAAGUCAAACAGGUUGAUGUGGCAAUCUUCACGAGCCUCAUCCGAGGUGGUGCUGUCGAUCUUCCUUUCUGUUGUGGCGAAUAUAUAGUCUCCGUUUUAUUUGGUGGGGAAUUCGUAGAAAAGCAUCUAUGGACUUGAAUGGCUGAACUGUUGAUGUCACCUUUUCCUAACAGUGUCAUUUUCUUCCUUGUGAGUGUAACAUUGGAGUUUCUGCCGUUCUGCUCUCCUUUGUGUAUUUCUAGGCCUGUGCUUGCAGUUGUGCGUAUACUGGCAAUAAAAAUGUACAGAACAUCA